GCUCAGAGCUAUGCCAUCAUGCAACCACGUCAUCCAUAGGGGUGUGAUGUGUUUUGCACAGUGAGCUUUGCAGUCCAGGAUUCGCGACCAGACACAGUCUCCCUCACAAACCUCGAUCAUCGUGCAUCUGAAAACUAGAGCUGUGCGGCUUCAGAUCUUAGGUUGCUUUCCUUACCUGAAGCCAGCCCAUGGGCACUUUCGCUCUGGGGCUGACAGAUUCGAGAACAUGCAGUGUGCGCAUCAAGUGUAAGCAUGAUAGGAUCAUGGUUGGAUCACCGCUGAAUUGCUAGUCAGCUAGUCAUGGUUGUGCUCACUUCUCACUUGCAAUUCUUUUCGUCGUGGGUUCACCCAUCAAAGAGGCUUUCACAGCUUUGAGAUGGGACAAAGGAGGGACGUUGUCGAAAGGACACUGUAAUGGUCGAUUCUCACAUGUAUGUUAGCAAUGCAAAUCGUUUCAGAACAGAAGAUCGAGUGGCGCACUCGUCAACCACAACUGAUUGUCAAUACUGCAAAACCUGCAAAAAGACAACAUGAACCAGUUUGUUUGACUUUCCAACAUGUUCCCCAUGUCAAUGUCUUCAAACACAACAGCGAUCAGCGUCACACUAUGUCACACUCAUUAUAUGUUUGCAGGGACAAAACAACAGAAAACUCGCUUUUGAAAAGUGCUUAGUCAUUUGCAUAAGCAAACCGUGUCACAAUGACCAGCGUUGUCACUUUGUUAUGAAUAGACAUUCAAUUUCCUUAAUAUUCCAAACACGCUGGGCUUGUACAGCCCAGCGUGUUCGGCCGGAGGGGUGGGUCCCUUCGUAGAGCUUCUGAGCUCGUAGUGCAAAUCCCAUUGGACGCCAGCUGUACUAAUGCAGGCCUUUUAGGAAAGUGAGCCUAUGACCAGAAUGCAACUCACCGCAGGCUUUUUUCUCUUUGGCAUGGGCUUUCGUCAUGAUCCUAUUGUAGAAGCAUUCUGACACAAAGCAGGAAGAGUUGUAAACGAGACACGGCACUCGUCACUCGUCUUCUUGAGUCAAUCCCCCACCGCCAAACAAAGACCCCACCAUCCAGACAAUCAAAACUGGAUAACUUGGCGCAACAAGAAAACAAACUAAAUGACACAUUUCAAUUACGCUGGUUCCAGGUUGUGUUUGCACGCACACAUUGAAUGAACACACCAUCAUCAAAGCCAUACAAACCAAACUGAAGCCACAACCGGAGCGCUGUUUUCAUCUGUGGGGUUCACGCUGUUCCGAUCACAUUCGUGUGUUGAUGUGUUGCCGAGAAAGGGCUGGGCAUGCCACGUGCUGUUGUGGCGUUUGCGUGACGUGCGUGAUGAGAAUAUGCAGGCAAAAGACCAUUGCUGGAAUAAAUACAGGGGUAGGUAUUUGUGUCAGGAAAGAUCAACCAUUGCAGAUUCCAUUAAAGCAGACAUGUUUUGAUGGCCUCUUCUCUUCACAAUAAAGUUGUUUCUUGUUCAGUUGCUUCAGCAGAACCUUUGGAUGGAGGAAUUUGCCUGGCACAUGACAUACAGAUGUGAGUGACUACAUUUCCCUUGUUGCUUCAGACAUUGUCAUUCUCUCCGCAGCCAUGAUUUCAUGAAGUAGUUGUGCAGUUCGCAGUUUUGUUGGGAGUGUGCUGUGAUUUGCGCGUCCAGGUAAAGGCUUCCAGUUUUAGCGGCAAGGUGAAGUAUGCAGCCAUUGGCUUACUUUGCAGUGAGGAGUUUGCUUGGUUGGCUACAGUGGGUGGAAAAGGCGGAGCAUGCCUUUAUCAGCAAUGCCUUGUUGCUUGUGGCAGCUGGAGCGGCCCAUUGUUGGGCAGUGGUAUAUGCGCUUUUCAUUGCCAUCCAUACUCGCGCGAUGAGGUUUGAAGGAUACCACGAAGGUUACACAGAACAUUUGCCAUUCUGGGUAUCUUGGACCGAAAAUUUGGCAGUAGCCUCUAUGGGCAUUUGGUGGGCGGCUGGGUUCUCAACAGCUGCCAUCCGCAUCAUUGAUGAUGAUGCAAGAGGCUUGCCAAUGGAUGGUGGAGAUGUUCAAAUCAACAAGUUUAUUCGCAUCCUUCGGUCAGAGAGGCUGCACGAUGGCCUUGCUCUGGCGCAUACUCUCAGUUGCAUUGGGCUCUUCAUCAGUAUCAUCCUCCUGUGCAUUGCCAUGGGCUUGAUGAAGGGCUCAGUCACGGCCUGCGAACUUUGUCUUUGCUUCGUGGCUCUGGGCUUCGCUGCACCUCACGCUUUGGUGGCGGCACGACGUCUUGACUUCUCCCCACCCAAAAAGACAGAGGAUGCGCCGGUUGCAUCAGCAGCAGCAGAAGCAGCUGCGCAAGAGGCAGCAUCUCUGGGACCUCAGCUUUGUGUGAUCCUUGCACUUGCUGACUCUCCCGGGCAUGCGUACUUGUGGCAGAAUUUUGUUUACUUCGUAGCUGCCAUUGCCUACGUUGCUGCGGUUGCUGCUUGCGGGCGCUCACCACCGAAGGUGGGGAAUGCUGCCCUCCCACCCCAGACAGGUGAGUUUGUGACAUGCCUCUUGCUCGAUGUAGUCGCAUCGGUUGCUUUGGUCGUUUGCUUCCCUCACCUGAACACUUGGCACUUAUGGGCCCUUACUGCUGUGCUUCUUGGUCUUUUUGCAGCCACAUGGUUCGAGGGCUGGCGAGAACUGAUGAUUGAUUUGCUGGACCCACUUUUUGUUGUCCGAAGUGAUGCAGACAAGGCACUUCCUGGCAAGCAAAGGGAGACACUGAGGAGAUGCUCCUGGGCUUGCUGCCUUGUCUGUGGUGCAGUGGCCAUGUGGGACAUCAUGUUGCACCCUGUAGAGGAGGGGCUUUUUGAACUUCCCAGCGACAUGCUACAUGGUUUGGAUGAUGGGUUAUCGGAACUGUGGGAUCCAAACACAAUGUUGCUCUUCCGAUGGAAACCUGGCGAGGGAAGAGAUGAAACUGCGCUACUAUUUGCGGCUGCUGAGACAUUGGGCACCGAACCACUGAGCCUCAAAAAACAGGCACUCUUUGAGGAACAGAGGCUGCUUCUUUUCAAGCAUGAGGCUGGCAAGGACCGUUCAACCACACCGCCCAUCCACACGAAGUGGAAGACGAGUGUUGCCAGCCCCCAGGGCGAACUAGCCAAGAUCGUUGACUCCAGCUUCCCAGCUGUACUGAACGUUACUCUGUGCCUUCACGUUCAUGCUCACACAGAGGUGGCCAAGGUUCAGGCUCGAAAAAGUGGAGAGGAGGCCGAGGAGCCAAAAGAGACGCCUUCUCCUUAUCCUCUCCCUGCUGAAUUCUUAGAGAUUGUUGGACCCUCUGCGGAUGCACGAGAGGCGUACUUCGCUGGUUGCAAGUGGUGGACGGAUACCCUAGAUUCCUUUUAUGGCCAUCCUGAUAACAUGACAGACGACGAACAUCAUUCUUCGGCGGAUUCCGCAGACCAACCAGCUGUAGAUGCAGAUGCGGAGGGUGCUGACCUGGCCUGAGCGGCGAGAUAAGACCGUUCUAUUUGGCCUGAGUGAGAGAAGCAGACCCACGUGGCAGACUCAAUUUUUAGCAAAUUCUUGCGCCAACGGCAUCUAUGAUGCAUGCGCAGAAGGUGUUAGGCACAUUUGGAUGCCUGUCUUUCUCCACAGGCGCUGUCCCGAGGUCCCGCCAGUUGUCUCAGCUUGGCCCGAUGGCUGACCGUUUCGAUUAAACACUUGGUUUGUUGACUUGACAUUGUUUCUGCAGCAUUUUUGUACAAACAUCUCAGA